UGACAUGGCAGGGGCGGCGUUGCCAUGUGCUCUCGCGAGACUUGGCGGACGGUAAGAAAGCAAGCUUGCUAGAUUUGAGUUUGUUUUCGCGAAGACAUGACUUAGUCUUUUUGCUGAAAAAGAUACAUUCUUGUCGUUCGGCCGCAUUUUAAACAGACACGAGAAAGGAAGUUGGUGUGAUGGUGCAGUUUUUGUUGUCGUUUUUUCGUGUGUCUGGAGGAUAGACCGUUUUCCUCCACGUCAAGUCGACUGCAUGAAUCCGUUGUCAUUUUUGGGUGGUUAUAUCAGCUAGUAGGUCCACUUUGUCCCUAACCAGCGCCAUCUAAACGACCGGCAUGGCGGUCUAUCACACCAUGGCGGUGAUCCCCUCCUCCUCGGCCCGAUUUUGGAUCGAACACGCUGCGAUUCAGAAAACACAUUGGGACUUUUAAAUGUCUCCUAGAGAAGUCCUCAGCACGGGCUGUGUCCACUGCCAUGGAUAAACUGACCGUCAUAUCAGGAUGUCUUUUCCUCGCUGCACAAGUCUUCGCCAUCGCCAGCAUCGCGAACCCAGACUGGAUCAGCACCGGAGAGUCCGCCGAGAGCUGUUGCACCAGGUGGAUCGACAUGAAUCAUAGCUCCGAGGCAAGAGAUGACAAUUCACACAAAGGAAAUUACAAAUCUCCUUCAGGAAGGCUCUCUGACUGUAGGUCUGGUCCGACAGUGCCAGACCAUUCAUGGCCGAGAUCGGACCUGCAUCCCCCCUCACAUGCCCCCAGAGUGGGUCACCACGCUCUUCUUCAUCAUCCUGGGUGUCCUCUCGCUGACGGUCACCUGCUGUCUGCUGGUCCUGUCCCACUGGCGCCGCGAUGUCAUCCGAUACGCCCGCUGGAUCGCCUUUACCGGACUGGUCCUCUUCUGUAUGGCCGCUCUCAUCUUCCCGAUCGGCUUCUACGUGAGUGAGGUGGGAGGACAGCCGUACAAGCUGCCCAACAAUACCGGCGUGGGCUCCUCCUAUGUGCUCUUUGUGCUGUCCAUCUUUUUCACCAUCGUGGGCCUGCUGUUCGCCGGGAAGGUGUGCUUACCCGGCUGACGUCUGCUCUCCUCGCUGGAACUCUUGUCAUCCGGAAGCCGGGAGACGAGGCAAAAGAGGGGAGCAGGAGUCCCAUCCGUCCAUCUGUUUGGUCAGUGCACACACACAAACUGGGAUUUUAAAGAAAGUGAUGGAAAUGCAUGGAAGCGAAGACUUUCAGCGGAGCCAUGCUGGAUUGUUAGUUAUCUUAAGGAGGAAUGACAGAUAACCUUUCUCACCCUCUUAACUCAAACUAAUUGCAAAGCCCAGAUGGACAAUGGAGGUCACGGCCUGACCGACAAUACAAUCUGUAACAUAGUCCUUCAAAGAAAUGUCACUUUCUUUUCAUAUUUAUUCACAUUUUGUAAUGAAAAGGGUCUAAUAUAUUUCAACUGUCCACCCUAAAAUGCCUGCUCUAUUUAUGUGCUUUAGUUGCUCAUUUUAAUACGCACUAUGGUAUUGAUUGAACCCUGAUGCUUUAAUCCUGCAGUCAUCUUACAUUCAGAAACAACUGCUGUGUGUGUGUGUGUGUUGGUCGUAUCUGCAACAAUGGCACGUCUUCCUUUAGGGUUGCCAUGGUAACGUCAUCGAAUGUGAUACUAAUAUGAUUUCCAAGCAAAAGAUCCUGUGGCAGAAGGUUCACGCCAAGCAUUGCUCCUUAAAGCCCCGAAAAAUACUUUCAUUAGGCUAUUAGGCCAUUUGUGGCUCGCAGCUUGUUUUUUUAUGGCCCACAACACAUUUCGAGAAAUACAAAUAAACAAGAAAGCUACUUUAUUUUUCAUGA